GAGCCGGGAGGCUGCAGCGGCCCGCUCGCGGUGUUCUACGGCACGGGCGCGGAGGCUUCCGCGGGGCACGGCGGCCGCGCGCCCGGCGAGGGCGAGGGCGAGGGCGAGGGCGAGGGCGAGGGCGAGGGCGAGGGCGAGCUGGGCGCCAGGUGCUGCAGGUGCGGGGACGGCUCCGCCGCGUGGUCCGCGAGCGGCGCGUGCUCGCCCUGCCGCGGGGACGUCGAGCUGCGCGCGCGGGCGCCCCCCGGCUGCGACCCCGCGGGCGAGGGCUUCCUCGGCAGCCGCAGGUGCGUCAGCGAAUGCAGGGCCGUCCUUGCCGAGGCCGAGGCCUCGGCCCCAGGAGCGGGGGCGACCGACGCCGAGGCCCUGGCGUUCUUCGAGUUCGGCGCGGCGGCGCAGGACCUGCGGGACUUCGCGUGUUUCGGCGCGGUCAGCUGCCUCGAGUGGCCAGACCUCUGCCUGGAGCAGAACGUGCGGCGCACCCCCGCGGUGGUGUCCUACCCGCCAAACCAGGGCAGCUCGCGGUUCCAUUUCGGCAACAUCGAGAAGCAGUCGCUUGUCAGGCUGCUUCUGAGUCAGGCGGAGCCUCGAGACCUGACACAGCAGAUUACUUUGGAAAAUAUACAGCAGUUCUUGGCGAGCCCGCUGAAGCCCCUAAAGGUCCUGCUCUUCUCCGAGGAGCCCGUGAGCCGAGGCUUCGCAAACAUGGCCCUCCUCUCGUCCGACAAGGCGCUCCGACCUCACGUGGACUUUGGCUUCGUUUCUAAGACGGCCGCCGCGCAGUUGUUGAAGCGCUUUGGGAUUGCGGAGGUCCCCACGAUCAUACUGCAGCGCGGCAUGGACUCAUCUUCGCGGAAGGUGCUGUCGGGCGCCGCGUGGAUCUUCGACGAGCUCCGCAUGUGGCUCGUCGACUACGUGCAGGAGAGCGCGAUGCGGGGCGGCCUGAACGCUGUGAGAGAGCCCGCACCUCAGGCCUGGCGGCCCGCGCCGCGGCGCCCCGCGGCCAACGAGCAGGUGCCAGAGCUGCACAGGGAGAGCUUCGAGACGCUGCGCGCCAGCAAAGCCGACCUGCUUGUCUACGUGAGGGAGGGCGAGCUGGAGGACCAGGAGGCCAAGAUGCUGGCCGCCCUGCAGCAGACGUUCGGGCAGCAGCUCGCAUCCUCCCGCGUCAGGCUGUCGUGGGCGUGGCUGGACCUCGAGCAGGAGCCCCUCUGGCUCGACGCCUUCGGGGUGCACGCACUGCCCACCGCCGUCUACGUGAAGCCCAACCGGAACCCGAGGUUCGCGGCCCUCGCCCACGAGAAGUCCGCCUCCGGGCGCGCCCUGCCCGCGGACGCCGCGUCCAUCCGCGCCUUCCUCGACGAGGUGCUGGCGGGCAGCAUGAAGUUCAGGCCGCUGCAGGCCGCGCAGCUGUCGCAGUGGUCCGACCGCUCCGCCGCGGCGAAGCCGGGCGCGGCCGCGGGGGGCGCGGCCGGCCGGCGCAAGGCCCGGGCCAAGUACCGUAGGCUGGAGUACGGCGCGGGCGGCUGCCCGCCGGGGCAGGAGAUCAGGUCCGCCAAGGAGUGCGAGAAGGCCAUCAAGUCCUUGGGCCUCAAGACCGAGCCCAAGUGGUCGUCGAACUACGGGGGCGUGCCGCGGUGGUGCUCCGUCCGGGAGGGCAGCUCGAAGAGCAGCCCAGAGCGCCUGCACUUCAACUCCGCCAAGGAGGGCCAGGGGCGCGCGGACCUCGCCCCCGUCUGCCACGUGGGCAGCAGUGCCGCGGAGGGGGCCGCCCCAGCGACCGAGGGCGACGCGGCCACGGCGGACUCGGGCACCGCGGCCGCGGCGCCAGAGGGCAGCGAGCGGCUGGCCUCGCGGGCGGAGAAGGAGCGGGGCGAGGUGCACGACGCGCGGGCCAGGCAGGACGCGGUGCGGGACCGCGUCUCCGAGGCGCUCGCCGGCGUCGGCGGCGUCCCCGGCCUGGAGGAGCUGCUGCAGCGGGUCGUGGAUCAGGUUGCCCAGCAGGAGCAGGGCGUGCCGCCCUCGGGGCAGGCCGCGGGGCAGGCCGCCCAGGGCGCGCCCGGCGCGCCGCCGCCCUCGGGGCAGGAGGAGGCCGCCCCCGCGCCGCAGGAGCAGCCCGCGGGGCUGCAGCACCUGACGCGGCACACGCGCCGGCCGCUCUUCGGCCAGCCGGGCUCGUGGCUGCUGUACUUCAGCGACGGCGAGCUCGCCCCCUCGGAGGAGGCGAUGUUGGCCAGGCUGCAGGAGCACCUGCGCUCCCACCGGGAGGCGGGCGCGCUGCGCUUCGCGUGGAUGAACCCCCACGACGAGCCCGAGCUCUUUGGCCUCUUCGGGGCCCAUGGCCGCGGGGUCGAGGCGCUGCCCUCUGCUGUCCUCCUGCAGGCGGAGCGCGGGCGCGUGCGCUUCCUGCCCGCGAGGCACCAGCGGCGCGCUGGGGCGGCCCUGCCCGUCGACGAGAAGAGGCUCAAGGUCCUCCUCGCGGAGGCGCUGGUCGAGGAGCCGGACUUCACGCCCUGGACGGAGUGGCCGGAGGGCCAGCGCCGCUGA